CCCUCGCCUCCCAACACCCUCAGCUCACGGCCGGACCCUCCUCCUCCCACCACGUGUCCUGCCCGCUCCCUCCCGAGGGGCCGCGCGCACGGGAGAGCCGGAGAGGCGGCGGGGAUGGCGCUGUGACAGCCGGGCCGGAGCCCUCGGCGUCUCCCCCCGCUGCCACGGCCCGCGCCCCGGCCGCUCGAGAUGGAGUCCACAGCCUACACUCUCAAUUUGACCCUAAAAGAGGAAGAAGAGGAGGAAGAGAUUCAGAGCCGGGAACUGGAAGAUGGCCCCACGGAUAUGCAGAGAGUCCGGAUCUGCUCAGAGGGUGGAUGGGUGCCCGCCCUAUUCGAUGAGGUGGCCAUAUAUUUUUCCGAUGAGGAGUGGGAAGUUUUGACGGAGCAACAAAAGGCCCUGUACCGGGAAGUCAUGAGGAUGAAUUAUGAAACUGUCCUGUCCCUGGAAUUCCCAUUCCCUAAGCCAGACAUGAUCACUCGGCUGGAAGGGGACGAGGAGUCCCAGAAUUCUGAUGAAUGGCAGUUCCAAGGAGGAACCUUUGCAGAAAAUGAAGAGUCUGAUGUCAAGCCCCCAGAUUGGGUGGGUCCGAUGAACGCCACCCCGCAGUUUGCUCAGCCCCAGCACCUGGAUGGGUUUGGCCUCCGCCUGCCCCGGGACCUCACAGAGCUCCCCGAGUGGAGCGAGGGGUACCCCUUCUACAUGGCCAUGGGCUUCCCAGGGUAUGACCUCUCGGCGGACGAGAUUGCGGGGAAGUUUCCGUUCAGCAGGGGCAUGCGGCGCAGUUAUGACGCGGGGUUCAAGUUAAUGGUGGUGGAAUAUGCCGAGAGCACCAACAACUGCCAGGCUGCCAAGCAGUUUGGAGUGCUGGAAAAGAACGUUCGAGACUGGCGCAAAGUGAAGCCACAGCUCCAGAACGCCCACGCCAUGCGGCGGGCAUUCCGCGGCCCCAAGAAUGGGCGCUUUGCCCUGGUGGACCAGCGUGUGGCCGAGUAUGUCAGGUACAUGCAGGCCAAAGGGGACCCCAUCACCCGGGAGGCGAUGCAGCUGAAAGCGCUCGAGAUCGCCCAGGAAAUGAACAUUCCGGAGAAAGGGUUCAAGGCUAGCUUGGGCUGGUGUCGAAGGAUGAUGCGAAGGUACGACUUGUCCCUGAGGCACAAAGUGCCCGUGCCCCAGCAGCUGCCCGAGGACCUGACCGAGAAGCUCGUCACGUACCAGCGCAGCGUGCUGGCCCUGCGCAGGGCGCACGACUACCAGGUGGCCCAGAUGGGCAACGCCGACGAGACGCCCAUUUGCCUUGAGGUGCCGUCACGGGUGACGGUGGACAACCAGGGCGAGAAGCCAGUCUUGGUCAAGACGCCGGGCAGGGAGAAGCUAAAAAUUACAGCAAUGCUGGGUGUCCUGGCAGACGGGAGGAAACUGCCGCCGUACAUCAUUUUGAGGGGCACGUACAUCCCCCCCGGGAAGUUCCCCAGCGGCAUGGAGAUCCGCUGCCACCGCUACGGAUGGAUGACGGAGGACUUGAUGCAGGACUGGUUGGAAGUGGUGUGGCGGCGGCGGACGGGCGGGGCGCCCAAGCAGCGCGGGAUGCUGAUCCUGAACGGCUUCCGUGGCCACGCCACUGACUCGGUGAAGAGCUCCAUGGAGAGCAUGAACACCGACAUGGUCAUCAUCCCAGGGGGCCUGACCUCGCAGCUGCAGGUGUUGGAUGUGGUGGUCUACAAGCCACUCAACGACAGCGUGCGGGCCCAGUACUCCAACUGGCUUCUGGCCGGCAACCUGGCGCUCAGCCCCACCGGCAACGCCAAGAAGCCGCCCCUGGGCCUCUUCCUGGAGUGGGUCAUGGUUGCCUGGAAUAGCAUCUCCAGUGAGUCCAUCGUGCAGGGCUUCAAGAAGUGCCACAUCUCCAGCAAUCUGGAAGACGAAGAUGAUGUCCUGUGGGAGAUUGAGAGCGAGCUUCCAGGGGGAGGGGAGGCCCCCAGGGAUUGCGAUACCGAGACUGCGCGGGAGGGCAACUGACACCCGGUGGAGAACUAAGGUGGGGAGGAAAACCCUCAAGAAGAUUCCUCAAAGUGUGGAUGCACAGGGAGCCGCAAAAGGCCACAGGGCUCGGAACAAGCCCACAUCUGGACAGCCACCUGUGUACCCCAUCCUGCGACGUAGCCCAACCCCGCCCC